CGGAGAUCCUGCUCCGCUCCUCUGGAAUACGCGAGGAAAAACAACAGCUCAGCCCCCGAUCCCGUUUCCCCUCAGCGAGUUUUGGAUGCACCGAUGAGAGAUCCAGUCUUUUCAGGCACUGCCAUGGCUUACCACCCUUUCCACGCUCACCGGCCCACCGACUUCCCCAUGUCAGCCUUCCUGGCGGCCGCGCAGCCCUCCUUUUUCCCCGCGCUGGCUUUGCCUCCCGGUGCGCUUACCAAGCCCAUCCCGGAACACGCGCUGGCCGGGGCCGCCGAGCCGGGACUGCACCCGGCGCUUAGUCACCAUCAGGCGGCUCACCUCCGCAGCCUUAAGAGCCUCGAGCCCGAGGAGGAGGUGGAGGACGACCCGAAAGUCACACUGGAAGCCAAGGAUCUAUGGGACCAGUUCCACAAAUUAGGAACUGAAAUGGUUAUUACGAAAUCUGGAAGGAGGAUGUUUCCACCCUUUAAGGUCCGAAUUAAUGGACUGGAUAAAAAAGCCAAGUAUAUUUUAUUAAUGGACAUCGUCGCUGCCGACGACUGCCGCUAUAAGUUCCACAAUUCACGUUGGAUGGUGGCGGGCAAGGCCGACCCGGAGAUGCCUAAGCGCAUGUACAUCCACCCGGACAGCCCUGCCACGGGAGAGCAGUGGAUGGCCAAGCCUGUCGCAUUUCAUAAACUCAAGCUGACCAACAACAUUUCGGACAAGCACGGAUUUACUAUACUCAACUCGAUGCAUAAAUACCAGCCUAGGUUCCAUAUUGUGAGGGCCAACGAUAUUCUGAAACUUCCCUACAGCACAUUCAGGACAUAUGUGUUUCCCGAGACCGAAUUCAUUGCUGUCACUGCCUAUCAAAAUGACAAGAUUACACAGCUGAAAAUCGAUAACAACCCCUUUGCCAAAGGCUUCAGAGACACGGGAAAUGGAAGGAGGGAGAAAAGGAAACAGUUAACUCUCCCCUCAUUACACAUGUAUGAUGUGGGUCAAUGUAAAGUUGACCGGGAUGGUGGAGACUCGGAUGCCUCCUCAGGAGAGCCCCCCAGCGGGAGAGAGACCGCCCAUUCCCCCCUCAGACCAGCGUCCAGUCCGCUCACGUUCACCCGAAGCGCCAGAGAUGAUAAGCAAUGCUCUGACAGUGAGCAUGAAACAGAUACCCAGGAGGAACAUUGUGGUGAAUCAAGUAGUCCAGGUCCCAAGCCCUCUUCCCCAUUCAGCCCGAGGUGUGAGGAGCGGCCCAGAGAGAGGACCAGCCAGGACAAGAAAGAGGACUACCCGGACUCGAGAAAAGCCAACGACUCCAUAUUUAAUAUAGGAAACAUAGACAAAGACAAGCUGGAGCAGAAGCACAGGAAGGAAUCCGAGUCGUCUAAGAAGGACUCGGACAGCGGGGGUCUGAGCGGGACUAAGGAGAGCUUUUCUCCGCUUAUGGUUCAGACUGAGAGUCCCUCACAUUUCGGAGCGGGACAUCUGCAAAGCCUGGCGCUGUCUGGGCUUCACAGUCAACAGUUCUUUAACCCGCUAAACACCGGACAGCCCCUGCUCUUCCACCCGGGACAGUUCGCCAUGGCGCCCGGGGCGUUCUCCGCUAUGGGAAUGGGACAUUUGCUGGCCUCGGUAACGGGAGCGACUGGUUUGGAGAACGGCAGCGUGGCAGCGCAGGGAGCUGGAGCUACCGCCAGCCCUUUCCCAUUUCAUCUGUCCCAGCACAUGCUGGCUUCUCAGGGAAUUCCCAUGCCACCCUUCGGCGGACUCUUCCCCUACCCGUACACGUACAUGGCCGCUGCUGCGGCUGCGGCCUCUGCCUUGCCCGCCAGCUCGUCGUCCGCUGCCUCCCUGUCCAGGAACCCCUUUCUGAGCGGUUCGCGGCCCCGCCUGCGUUUCAGUCCCUACCAGCUGCCCAUGUCCAUCCCUCAAAGCACAAAUCUGCUGACCACCGGCCUACCGGGCGUCCUCAACCCCUCGUCCGAAUCGUCCAAGUCCGGAAGCAGAGAGGCCAGUCCCGUGCCCGAUCAACAGCAAGGCCACAAGGGUGGCUCUGGUCAAAGGAACGGUUCUCCUAAAACCCCGCUGAAGGAGUCCAUCAACGAGCUGCAGAACAUCCAGAGACUUGUGAGCGGCCUGGAGAGCCAGCGAGAGCCGUCCCCAACCAGGGAUUCACUACCCAAGUGAUCAAGAGUUCCCAAACCUAUCCAGGGCAUGACUUGAAUCGAACCAGAGGAUGUCUUCCUUCGGGAUCUCCUCUGAUGGACGUUCUUGUGCUUAUUUUUGUUUUUUUUUAAGCAUAGGUGACCGCAGUGGCAAUAGCAGGGUCAACGAGAAAAAGAAGAAGAAAAAAACAGAUAUCGAACCAAAAAAAACGUCAAGGCGUCGAGGAAA